AUAAAAGGAAACCACAACGGCUAUCAAGCAUCCACAACGCUCGUUGAUAUUUAUAAUGUCAGAUAUAUAAAGAUACAAUCAACUGGAAACACAGAGUUUUGUCUUAGAAUUGAGCUCUGUGGAUUAGGUAAGUUAUUUUGUAUUAGUGGUUGUCUAAAGAAGUUUCAGCAUUCACGUUAUUGACGGUUAUAUUAAAAAAUUCAUGAAUAAUUAAAAAGCAACAAACAAAUCACGACGCAGUAUUUAGGUCACAUGUGCACACAUGUAAACCGCAUUAAAGAUCAGUAAGUAAUGUUAGAGAGAUAUUUGUGAAUAUUAUGAAUACCAAUUCAGAAGCAGGGAUAUUUUUGAAGGUUAUCAAUACAAAUUCAGAUUUUAAAUGCAUGCUAAGGAAUCGUGAGAUUAUCCCAAUCACUAGUGAAUACUAAUAAAGUAAACAAAUAAAUUCAUUUUGCAAGUAGGCCCACGUUAAAAUAUUCUCAACUGAUCUUUAUAGGUAUUUAACAAUGGCUCGCGCUGCGCGCUCACCAUUGCAAAUGCCCAUAAAAUCAGCUGCACAUAUUUUAACUAGUAUUUAUUUGUUAUCACUCUCAUCAAAAUUUCAUAUAACAUAGUUAUAACAUUAGGUAAAUUUCCUAUAUUUGCCGUUUUCAACCUUUUUGUCCCUAAGGAGGAAAUCCAGGAUAUUCAAAUAACCUUACACAAUGUGAUCAAUAAAGCUGUAUAAACUUUCUUAAGUUCCAUAUAGUUUAAUCAGGGUAUUUAUGACUGCUACAUCAGGAUUGUUUGGCGACUUUGAAAAAUCAUUUUUAGUAUUUAAAUGUUAAAACUAGGUAAGAUCAAUUCACCUGCUAAUAUUUGCGUUGGUUUCUGAUCUUAGUCCAAAAUCCAGCACCUGUAUACGAUAUUCAAGUUACACCGUCAGAUACCUCGGCACAAGUGAGAUGGAGAAUACGUGCUGCACCUGUGAAAUCCAGUUACAUAACACAUUACUGUAUUUAUCUUGGCCAACGACAUCUGCAAACAAUAAAUCGACAUACAAAUCAAAUGAAAUUUAAUAUUCUUGGACUUAAGCCGUACACCAAGUAUACAGUUGGAAUUGCGGCUUUAGAUGGCUCUUCACAGAGAAGCAGAAAAAUCUACAAAAAAUUUAUAACCAACGAAGCAGGUAAAUGAGAAAAAAGUUAGGUGCCUGAGUAUGUCUAACUAUGUAUAGCUUUAAAAGCAUUUUUCCAGUCAUGUUCGACGUGUUCUGUCUCGCUGCAUGUCUUAUUAAAGUAUUAUUAGUCAAGUAUUAUUUAAUUGAAAUAUUUAAAAGAAAACUUGAGAUUUCGAAAAAAAAACCUUUUUGAACUAAACAUAUCUGAACAAAAUGAAGUCGGAGAUUGUGAAUGUGAGACUUUAUGUAAUGCACUCUAUGAUGACCUUUUCUUUGGAAUCUGUUUCGGUUAUAUUUUAGAUCGCCAUAUCAUUCAUGUUCACCACUUGGACGGCCAUAUUUGAAUUUGAAUGUAAAACCCAUAGAUAUCUUAUAUACACUAGAUAGCACAUCUCUUUUAGUAAAAUUGAAGCCAAAAAUAUUCCGGCGGUUACCUUCUUUUGAAUAGAUGGCGGCCAUGUUGGAGUUUACCACUCGGUAAUAAACACACUUUUUUCCACGACAAAUUCUGUCUGCAACAAAUAGAAUACAUUCUUUGCAGUUCAUAUGCAGAUAUUAAUUGUUUCUUGAUAACAUAAAGUUACCAUCGAUUUUCAAUUGAGAUGCAACAUUAUUCCAUGGUAUGUUCUUUUUGUCUGUCUCCUUGUAUACGUACACUCUUAGUUUGUAUUCCAAAGUAUUCGGAAGCUUCGUACGAUUUCUAUUAAUUGACCACCUUCUACUAUUGUCCCAUCUCUCUCUAUAUUAGAUCUUCUCCAGCGUUCAGAUCUUGACUUAGAUUAGCCAAACUUUCCUGACUAUCAUUUAGUAAAUUAUCCGCCAUGUUGAAAAUGCAAAACCACCAAAGGUUUGUUUGUUUUAAUGUGUUUGAUAGCGUUCGAACUUACGCAAAAUGAUCUGAAAGUAUAGGGUUAAUGUCUUUAUAACUUUAACAUGCAGUAAGACAAGAUUGUCUAAGAAUCAUGUAGUAAGGAACUUCUGACGAAAGAUUAUUUAUUAUAUAAACAUAAGUGUUAUAUAGAGUUUUUGGCCACUGAGAAAAAUAGUAUUUAAACACACGUAAAAAACGAUAUUUUUACGUGUGAAAAUAUCAUUUGUUGUAAAACGCAUUGCCACGGACGUUUUAUUGUUUUCACUAAAUUAUUUUUGUUUAUUUAAUAAACAGAAAAAAAAAUGGGUGCUUGGAAUUACCUGAUUUAUUUCUCGUGUUGAUCACAAUAUCUCACUCGUUCGCUGCGCUCACUCGUGGGAUAUCAUGUUCAACACUCGAAAUAAAUCGGCAUGGUAUUCCCGCGCACCCAUGUAUUAUUCUCUAUGUAUCACGAAUAAUGCUAUCUUUACUAUAACGCAAUAUUGCUCUCGAAAUUUUUAAGUCUUUUAAUUAUAAAAUUAAAUUUGGUCCUCGCUUUGUUUGGCAAAGGCUUUUAUCAGUAGUGGUUUCUUUUUGAAUAUCCUCGUCUCUAAAUGCCUGAUAUUUUAUGGGACGUGUAAGGCGAUAGUGUCCAAGGGGCGUUCAAAAACAUUCUGGUUUGGCAAUUGACCUUGUAACAUCUAAGUCGUGCAGUAUUUCAUUUUUGGUCGCAUUUAAGUGCUUAUAAAAAGGAUAAAUAGAGUUAAUAGGCUAAAGCAGCUUACACGUGCCGUUUGAAAAUAUAUUUUAGAUUGAUUUAAAAGCUUACCCCUCCCUCAUAUUUAUUUUCUAUUGGUCCUAAUUAGCCUUUCUCACGCCGCCAUUUUCGGGGUACUGUAAUUUAUCGUAAACGAUUAUAACAAUGUGAAAAUCAAUAUUUCGGAACAAACUAACUAUUUACAGAGUAAAUUUACCAUACCCACAAAAUUAUAAAAUGUCGCCGUUACUUGGUGUAACGCUCGCAGGAUUGGCAAAAAAGUACCUCAAAAAUGGCGGCGUGAGAAAGGCUAAUUGGUUUUGAUUUUCGACUCAAGACUUGGUUCUGAAACCUGAGCACGAAAUGUAAGACUCGUCACGGGUCUUACAAUCAUACUGUACGUAAGAACCGUACCGGGUUUUACAUUUUCAUUGCAAGACCUGAAAUAGGUCUUGAAUUCAAAAUUCAAAUUCAAGACUUACAGUAUACCAAGUCUUGAAUUUGCAAUUCAAGACUGGUAAAGGCAGGCAAUUGUUGCUACAAAACUAAAGCGGUCAAACCCCACAUCUCCUUUUUGACUGGACGAUGCUGCACGUCCCUGAAUCGAGAAACAAAACGACAGCUGUCUACCUCAUGGCCCAUCAAACUCUACCAUUAGGUAAACGUGACCAUCGAUUUUUAUUAAAAGCCCAUCAGGGCAACACGAUAAAAAAAAUACAAAAAACACACAAGUUUUUGUCCAAAGACUUUGCCUAAAACAUCAUUUGCACACCAAGUAACUCGAAACAUGUCCCCAGCUAUAAACAAAUUUCAUUUUCAACCUGUUCGACACAUAAUACUUAAAAUAUUGAAGACACGAAAUUUUGUUAUCACUGUUAAAUUGAUACGAGUUUCGUUCUUUCCAUGCUGCAAACUUUACAACUGAGAUAACGUAUUUAGUCACUGUUUUUCCUUGAACUAAUUUCUCCCAAUAGACGAGCCCUUUCUGAAAACUCUGUUAUAGACUGGUCAAUUCUGUUGAACAAAAUGCCAUAAUUCUUCGACGAUUGGACAAGAGAAAGUACGUGCGUGGGUCAAGCUUUCCCUCUAUUAUUAUAUCCAGAGCAAGUUGUAGGGUUACGCAAUUAAUACUGGAUCUUCCAACCCCGAAUGAACACGUUUCCAAAUAUCCUUCCAGAUCAAUCCACAGAUGUUUGUAUCCCACUUUAUUAUAUUGACAUGCUGGUCCAACGGGAUGAGUUCAUUCCCGCAAAACUCGAAAAACAAUGGCGUAAAAUUCGAAAGGCGUGUCACAAUUGUGCUUACUAUUAUUGUUGACACCGAUAGAUCGACCGAUAUAAUAUCUUAUCAGAUCCUUCCAAGCAGCCACAAAUGUUUCCUGCUUUAAUUUGGAAAUCGUACAUUUAUUUGGAAAUAACAUUUAAUGACGCGAUUAACAUUCGUUUGAUGCCGAUCAUCGUAAUAUAGCCGCAUAAAAUAAUGAAACGAUGUCAACUUGCCAGAUUCAUUCAAUAAACAGUGAUAUUAUGUGUGAAUGAUUAUCGCAAUUCUGCGUCCUCUCAGUCACGAAAUACACUGCUGCAGACCCUCUGAAUAAAAUUAUCAUUCUUUGUGUUGUUUUUCGAAAUAUACAUCAUGCACGUGAUUGUUGCCAUGGCAUGAAAAGUAGGUCAACUUUUAGAAUCUCCUUUGACAAAUCAUAUAAAACUUGAAUGGUAAUAAUCAUGGCCAUACAUAUUUUUUAUUAUUUUUGUCUAUUUUCGCUAAAUACACAAACUGAGACCCAGGCAUUAAUGUACCUGAGGCCGCGCGCGCAUCUGUUCUUUCAUUAUCCCUACGGAAUCAGUGACACAACCACUGACUGUACAUGUUUUCAAGGCGGUGACUAGUUUCUUAGAUGCAUUGUACCUUUCCCUGCAUUGAAAGAAGAAACGUGAAGGCUUCUCAUUUUUUUCUGAUGUUUCUAACACGACCCCGAAUUUUAGCCCCGACCAAUCUCUGAGAAGCAAGCUCACAUAAAUCCCACCGAACACGCUGUAGUUGUUCCAAAUCAUAAGGUGACUGAUAGUGUUUCUCCAAUAGACGAUGGAACAUAUUCAUAAGAUGGAGUUGCUUUUCAUUUGUUUCCCGCCUGACGGCUUUGCUACACUCAAUAAUUAUAUGUUUGAUUUCAGGUUCGCCUUCGUUCAGUUCGACCAGAAAGAUGUAAUCUCAGAUAGCAAUUUUUCGUUUGAAGAGAGAAACACACCCAGUCUCCAAGUAGGAACGUGAUACGUACAGUGACGAAGCCAGCUCAAAUGACUUGGUCAUGCUAAAUGUUUGGAGCGCCGAAAGCGCAAGCCACUCAGGGGGGUUCGGAGGCAUGCCCUCCCGCACCCCAGAAAAUUAAAAAAAUUAAAACUCGAAAAUUUUCUUCGAUUUAGGCAUUGAAUUAUGCGCCCCAGCUUGCCCGCUAAGAGAGGCAAAACCUUGGGAAAUUGACUAUAUUUUAGCCAAAAAUCGACAAUUUAAUAAAGCAUCACACAAAGGUACCUAAAAAGUCAUUAAACUACAGGAGGCUAGUGUCAGUAACAGGUGUAAAAUAAUGAAAAUAAUGAAGUUACUGUAAAAGAUUUGCAUAAAUUCUUCGCAAGAAUGUUAACAGAGAAAGAACAAAAAAUAUAUUAUCUAUAUGAAGUGCUAGGCCUAUAAAACCAAAAGCAAACUAGGUCUGUUGAUACAGAAUUUCAUGCAGAAUUUCAUUCAUCCACCGUGCACACAAGUAUGUGCUCAUAAUAAGUAAAUUUGAGUACCACCAUGUUCUCUUUCACUUUAUUCAGUACCUAGUCGAUUUCCAAGUAAUGUCACUUUCACAACACGCGGUAAAAACAAUCUGACAGUAUCCUGGAGACAUCUUAAUAAAAGUUUGCGGAAUGGUAUACUGAAAGGAUAUAUAGUUUGCUAUUCCGACAAAGCAAGAUCAAGUUACCCGAGUUGUUCUCAUCAAAAUGCUUACUCGAAUGCCACUGUGAUCGAUAAACUUCAGCCUGCUACAAAGUACUUUGUCACUGUCGCAGCUGGUACGAUUGCUGGGUAUGGGCCAAGGAGUAGUGAAAUCAGCAAAAUCACAAAUGGAGGUAAACACCGUUUUGAUUAAUAUAAAUUUUUGGAAUAUAUUUGUUGCAGUAAUGUAAAGAUGACAGGAAAUUGUAUCUUCUCAAUGGCCAAGUAUUUAAAAAUGUCUAUUUGUGUGGCAAUUGACACUAUACCUUCACUCAUCUAAAUAAUAAAAUAACAAAAAGAAAAUUAUAUGUCUAAUUGUCUUUGAUGCUUCAAUACCGAACAAGUAUUGUUAUAAGGCUUUAAGUAAGUUGAUUGAUAGAUUUUAAAUGAGCUUGGAACGCCCAGAAUACAAACUUGACUUUAUACCGGUUGUCUGGAUUAGUUUUGAUACAGUUCUAUACUGUAAGUUUCAUCCAGACACAUACGCAUGUUUGUGUUUGUUGUUGAGUGUGAUUAUGCUACAAAUGCAUUGAUUUUAACUUGCCCAAUUAGGUCCACGUAAAACUUGACUUGAAUGAAGGACAUGAGUUUAUAGUUUAUACCGGUUUGCUGGAUUAGUUUUGUUACAGUUCUAUUGCAAGUUUCACGCAGAAACGUGUGCAUCUUUGUGUGUUUUGUUGCGUGUAAUUAUGCUACAAAUGCAUUGAUUUUAACUUGCCCAAUUAGAUCCACGUAAAACUUGACUUGAACAUUCCGUGAGUACAAUAUCCAUAUGUAUAAUAUACAUAUGUAUAUAUAGUACAAUAUAUAAUAUACAUAUGUAUAGUAAGUAUCAAUAUGUAGAAUAUGCUAUUUGUUAUUUUUUAGAGCGUGUGAAUCCUGUCGCGACGUCUUAUUCAAGUCUAAACUUAAUUAUAACCAAACCUGCAACGAAUAUCAAGUAAGUAUCUGGCAUGAUAAUUAUUAGAGGCUUUAGAUUUACUACGACUACGGGAUUCAAACGUGCGCACGCUAUAAUAUCGUUAUAGAUGCUUGUUUUACUAUGAUACUUUUUAAAGUCCCAUUGUUAAAAAUCAACUGUCCGACUUCUAGCAGAAAUUGAGGCUGCGAUCCUACGUCUCUUUUGCAGCGCUCUAACUGGCUGAGCUACAGAGAGACAAUUGUCAAGUUGAACAUGGCGUCAAUUCUGAUAAGAAUAGUAUGGCGUAUCCAAAAUACAAAUUUUCUAUAGUGGUAUUCGUAAUAAAAUCUAAAACUCUCUAAUAACUCUUUAAGGGAAUCAAAAAGAGGAAAGCUAGAAAAAUAGCACUAAACAAUAAUAAUAAGGGCGGUGAUUAAUGCUGAUCCGCUUUUGCCGUCCAAAGGAUAGAUUGACAUCAAUCAAUCAAGUAAUAAAGCAGUUAAUAUUAAUAUUAACUUUAUUUAAUAACGAUGUUAAGCACAUUACAGUCGCAAUUUAAUAAAAAUACGUGCGCCUCCUUUGAGUAAAAUUGGUACUGAAAUAUAUUAUGUGAACACAUGUAUACUGGAGGUACAUGCAAGUGAGUGACAUGAUUGCAUGAAGAAUUGUUGGAAUUUGUCAAACAAUGAAAUGUGCAUUCUGUUUACGUCAACUUGACCUAUGUUAUAAAAGGGACCACAUAUUGGCUUAGCCAUAUUAUGGCCCACUGAUCUUCUGUAAUCAUGGGAUAAUUUGAAUUUAGAGAAGUAAUGAUCAUUGUGCAAGUUGCCCCGAAAAUUAAAAAAGUGGAAGACAUUGGAAGAAGCGAUUUGAAACCUUACCAGCAAAACAUAAGCGAUCCCUAUGUUACUGCCUAUCUGAAAGCUGAUGUUCUACCUCUGACAUUCGUGAUCGGGGAUGGCAUGGAAUAUAAUUCUGAAAAACAAAGAUACGCCAACCAGCCUCUAGAACAGAACUCAAGUUAUAUCAUGUUCCUUAGAUUUUUUGAAUGUCAGGUAAUAUAAUUAAUAUGUAAAAGCACAACCUGUGAGUUUAAACUUCGGUUAAAACUGAGUUGAUAAAUGAAUAAUUUGUUUUCUACAGGAUUCAUACUAUUCGACAGAGUGGAGCGUCAGUAUUAAAACGUUGGCAAAACCUGCAGGUAAAUUUUCGUUAAGCAAGAUGAAAAUUAAGAUGUUACAAGACAGGAACUGGUUGCAAGACAUAACCUGAUUGUUAUGCACAUCUAGUAGAUAUGAAGAAAUGCAAAAAAUAUAUGCUUCAAUAAGAGCAACAAGGUUCUACAUUUUGAGACUAUAACCAAAUGUAAACUGCGCAUUCGUGCCAACCCAACAGUUUACUAUCGGUGAAGAGAGGCAACAGCGAAAAUCCUACGGGGGACAAGAGAGCAUGCCACUACGUUUUUGCAUGGGCAUUGGUAUAAAUAUAUUAAACAUCUAUUGGCUGGACUAACCCCACCGUGAUAUUUUGAAGUAGAAUAUCAACCUUGAAGAAAUAAAGCUUACAUGUAUUAUCUAGUUUUUAUCUCAAUCAGCAAGACGGUGUCUACGCGUUUUAAUAUAUUUCACACAAAACUGAAGAAUACAUGCAGUACAAAUACAGUACUAAAUCCUAGAGUAGAAUAAACAUAUAGUGUAAGUUUAGGUUGGUCGAAAACACCAUGCACGUAUGUUUAUUAUUACAUCAAUACAAUUCAAAAAUCAAUACACGAGGUUUCCUCCACAAACCAAGCAAUUAAAUCUUUAAAUUUAAAAUAUAGGUUGAGAUACACUGUGCUUUUCGAUUUCCCUUUAGGCUGCUUUCUAGCAGUUCUAACGCCCGUAUUCUAAAAAAUCACUCACACUUACACUCAUUGAGUGGAAGUUCAAGAUAAGCUUCUCUCGAGUGUCAUUGCUGUUUUACAAUAGUUGGAGGGCUAGUGGCAUACCUUACUAUAUGACUACUCACCUUCCAGCUAUUUAAAAACAGCAUUGACACUCAAGAGAAGCUCCGAUUGAACCUCCACUCAUUCAGUGUGAGUGUGAGCUAGCUUUUAGAAAACGGGCGUAAGCCUUUAUAUGUCGGUAUACGCACGAAAAAGUUUAUAUUCUCUAAAUUUUAUAUAAUAUUCGUUGUCUCAACAAAUACACUUUAAAUCAUGCACAAAACUAUUUUCUGUCUUUUUGUUCUUUUAGUUAUUUCAUAAGAAACUUUUAAAUGGUUUUAAACUCUUUCGUGCGUGUGCGUAAGAAUGCACGUACGAAAAACGACUUACUGGAUACCAACCAAUUAAAAAAGAUAUUUUUCUCAUAUUUUGGUAUUUUCUGCAGCUCCUAUGAUUUCAAAAAUCAUUUCAACUGGCCUGAAACAGUAUACCAUCUCCUGGACUCAACAGCUCUCCCCAGAACACAUGACUAUCCUGAAGUUCUACGGAAAUUUCAGUGCACCACAAGAGACCAUUAAAUCAUUGGAUAUAUCAAAGGAAAUGAGGUCUAUUACUGUUGACGUCAAGUUUGGUAAACAAUAUACGUUUGAUAUUCAAGUUGAGACGGAGGCUGGAAGAAGUGACAUAUCAUCCGAAUCAUGGUUUUCUCAUUCAGGUAAAAUAUCUGCAAUUUAUUUAAAUAUCAAUAAGAGAAACAGGAGUUAAUUUUACCGAGUGACUCGUGAGCUAGCUCGUCAGUGACUCGUGAGUUAGCAAUUCAGGCUGUAAUGAAUUUCAUAUGUAAUCUCGUAUUAAUGAAGAAUAUACGAUCCAUUAGACAAUAUAUAAAUAUAUCAAGCACACGAAACGUACACUUGUAGAUAUUAGAAAAUACAUGGAUGCAGAAACCAUCGCCUUGCUGAUGAAGCCAAUAUAUUUUCUGGACAUGAAGUAUAUAAAAUAGUUGUCAUGGUAACACGAUAAUUUAUUAAGAAUAUUUUAAAAUUAAAAAAUCUCCUAAAAAUAUCAUCUCUAACUAAAAAUUAUCAAUUUCCUAAAGAUAUAUUAUAUUAUAUUAGGUAUGUUGUUAUACGUUAUUUUAUUAUACGGCAAAGGGUGUUUUACUGAAAAAUAAAACUCUCGUAAAACUCAUGGAACCAGAUGCGCGUAUUUUCCGUAUUUCACCCUUGCGAGUGUCAUACGAAGUUCGAAAACUUUCCGCGAUUUUCGUUGUUGUGGUUUUCAAAAUACAAAUGGUCUUUGGUUCGCAUAUAAACUGACGGAAUUAACGUUGGAAACGCAUGAAACGAAAACAUUUAAAGACAUCUUGUGAUAAGUGAAAUUUAUUCUUGUUUUAUGUUUGCACUAUAAUUUAAUAAACACUGCUUUUAUACUUGUCUUUCGCGCGCUUAUUUACAUGUCGUCUUUGCGAGUAUUUUUGUCACUCUGAAUAAGUCCAUAUACUGAUAAACAAAACAUUAAACGUUUAUUUAAAGGUAUUCAUAUAACAAAAAAGGGUAAUGUAUAAAUAUGCACUGAAAAUAUAUGCUGUCUUUUUCAUUAUACGCAAGGUCAACGAUCAAUUUCUAAAGCUUUUUUAAAGCAAACAAUACACAAUACUUAAUACAAACUUACCUUCAUUAACGCCAGCGCCUUUGCUCCCUUCUUUUAGUCUUUGAGCUUAUUUUUCUCGCAAAGUUUUUCAAAUUUACAAAAUGUUGCAAAAAUGAAAUAUAUUUGAAAAAAAUGUUUGUUAUUUCGCUGUCGUCAUGCAGUCGUUAUGAUGCAAAUUUUAAAUUUGACUAAUCAGCGUUCCCUAUUCAUGACAGUCCGCUAUAAUUUUGAGAUCAGUGAGGAUGAACACUCACGUUCGGUACACCAUAGCCAUGCGCCUACGAUUAUUGAUAAACUUUAGACUUCCAUAAUGCUUUCCUUUCCCCGGGGGUUAUAAACAGCCGUGCAAAAUUAGUGUCCUCGCCCCGCGGGUGAAGCGAAGUUGGCUCGGGCUUCUUAUGUGUUCAAAUUACCUUUGAUGGAUAUAUUUCACCACAAUCGAAAGAAGUUCAAACCACUCUCUAGGGUUUAGCUAACUCGUAGAAAGUUUAAUUAACUAACUUGCGAAGAUAAAAAUAUUUAUAAUAAAAAUUCUGUGUUAUUCAAUCCUAACUUGUAGUCAAAAUGGCUUAAAAUUAUGGCUGUCUUAAUUCUUGAAAGGGAAAAUCAGGCAGUUUCUCCUUACAGAAUUUAUUGUAUUGAUAUUAUAUAACUUGAAUACUUUCACCUCAUAAAGUGUUCAUGACACAAAAUGUUGUCACCCAGUUUUUAUGCACCACUUGAAAAUAUUGUAGAAUGGCCUUAACAAUGUCUUCACAGCACAUAUCGUUCUUGAGUUAUCGGGAAUUUUGUAUUUUUGUGUCGUGACGUCAAUAGUUGUGUUAAGAUGACGAAAUGUCGACAAAAUGACGAAAGUCAAAUAAUAUCUCAGAAGUCAAGCUAUGAAAUUAAAUAAAUUUUGGUACAAAGUUUAACUAUUAAGCAAACAUUUUUGGGAUGUAGCCUAUGUGCUUGUCAUAGCAACACACUAUUUACCAGGUCUUAUUAAAUUUGGUACAAUUUUUUGCUUCCAACAAAAAACCUUUGAAUUUUCAUUCAUUAAUAUCGAUUUUAUAGUAAAUAUAAACUAUUGAACUAAAUUAAAUUUUCGUUACAAAAAGUCAGUGGUAGACAUUAAUACAAUAAAAAGAUAGAAACCUGGUAACUAUUGUGUUGGUAUGACAACCACAUAAACGAAAAUGUUUGCUUUGGUGCACUUACUGACUGUACCAAAUCUAAUUUAAUUCGUUGAAUCACGUCUCCGAUAAUAGAUUUUCUUCUUUUUGCUGCCAAAGGAAGCACCGCUAUGGUGACGUCAUAACAAAAAAAUACAAAAUGCUGGAUUACUUGGAAACCAACCUCGUACUCAGGGACUUACCUUCGCUUGGAAACGAGAUGAGCUAUGACAGAAUUGUAAAUGCCAUUCUUCACUAGUGAUGCAUAAAAAUUGGGCCGAAAAUUUUGUGUCAUGUGCAUUUUAAAAUUGCCUUAGGCCUAUAUUCACGGAAGCAAAGAAUAACAACGGUAUAUUAAGUGUUUGUUUCAUUUUUAGAGCCUUUAAAAUCUCCAGAAAAAACUGGUGAUGGUUACACAGUUACACUAAGAAAGCCAAAGGAAGAGCAAAAAAUAAGGUAGGUUUAUAUGAAAUAAUUUUUUUAUCUAGAUUAAUUGAAUAUAGCCAUAUACCAUUGUUUUAAAGAGUUCCAAUAGCACAAUAUUAUGGUUAUUCCAUGUGCCUUUCACUUUAGUCUUCUGUGUGAGAUGCUUCAGCAAAGGUGACUCAUCUCCAUGGACCAUCACUUCACAACGCAUGUAGACUGAAUUAUUUAUUCUGUAGGUUUAAAAUUGUUUCCUGGGUGUCUAGUAAUGGCCAUCUCUUAUUUGUCCAAUAUUACGUAAUACGUAUACUAUACUACAAGAGGAAACCAGUGGUUUUCGGUAGAGUCAAACUACAAGCAUUGUUUUUUGCGAGAUGUAUUAUGACCAGAAAAUGCCAUCUUACCAGAUCGCUGGACAACCAACAACUUUGUCACCAGUCACGCCAAUACAAUUGAGAAUUUGAAAUAUAGUAUUUUUAUUUGUUAAGGAUUGUCAUUCUAGUUAUGCUUCAGCUUAAAUCGAUGUCAAAUAAACCUCUCGCCCUUGAAAUCCUCAAUGUUCAAGAUUCGUCUCCCUCAGACUGGAAAGCAGAUAAUGUCGCCUUUAAAGCUGAGGAGUUUAAUAUAACUGAAUUCCGAGAUGCUACUAUGGAAAUAUCACUGCGAGAGAUUAAAAGAAACCAACGAACAAAAAGAGAUAAUAUUGAGGUUCAUAAAUUAACACCAGGUGCAACCUAUAGAAUCGCGCAAUUGAAUAUAGACGAGUCUGGGGUAUGUAUAUACUGUAGGUGCAUGAUACAUCUGCAAAAAGUAUUUUUUUAUAUAAUUUUGACGAUAUUUAUAUUCUUUACGCUGAGUCUCUUGUGUAUUUGGAACUGUCUAAAGGUAAAGGAGAGUGGGAUACAAUCUUCUUUUCGUGCAUCUGAGAGCUGAAUAAUAAUAGACACAGUUCGAACGCGACCGAUUUAAAGGUUUACUAGGUACGACCCAUGUCAAAUCAUAGGGCACACCUUAUUUGGAAGAGUUUGCUUUUGAUGGGCGAGGACAACCGGGGAUCUAGUGCACGGCGAAAAUGUUUGAAACAAUGGAAAAAGCCAACCACAUUAAGCUGGAACAGGGUAAUUAACCAUCAAUUGAUAAUACCGUAUCCUCGACAUCCAGUAGAAUAUUUAAUUCAGCUCUAAGGGAUUGUAUGGUAACCGUAUCUGCCUUCGUACCUUUCACGAUGAAUCCAAUGUAACUGUCAAAAUAAUUAUUUGAUACCAACGAUAUACUGAAGGUCAAAAGUCAUUUAUUGCUAUUGAGUCAGCCAUAAGGUGGAUUGAAUUUAUAUUCCUUAUUUUAGAGACGUACCUGGUCAUAUUGGAGUGAACCAUUUACGUUCACCAAAGGUAAUUGGGGGAUCAGUAGCGUAGCCAGCCCGACUAUUUGGUCCCGCUAUGCAAAUAUUUUCAUGUUCAUUGACUGUGAAAACAAUCAAUUUCUAAAGAAAUGAAUAAUGAUAAUAAUUUUGAAUUUGCAUAGCGGGACUAAAUUGUCGGGCUGGCUACGCCACUGUGGGGGAUUAAUAUUUAAAUAAAUUGCGAAUUGUUGAAUGGUGAACCGAUGGAUACGGUGAAGAGUCCAGUUGUCGAACUCUAAUUACAACCUCAUGUAAAGAUACUAGGGAACUUGUGGUUAGAGCUCGACAACUGUACUCUGUAGCUCAGUUAGUUAGAACUCUGCACUGAAAUCGAAGGACCGCAGUUUCGAUUCCUGCCAUAAGAAGCAUAGUUGCAUUUUUUGCAGCUGUUCCUGGUUAGUUCCUGGUCUAAUAAAUGUAUAUAACAGUUUCACUGGAUAAUUUCUAUCUACAAAACCCUUAACCUAUUAUUGGAUUAAGUGAGAUACCAACAAAAUCUUCAUAUUUAAAAUAAUUAUUACUGUUAAUAUCCUCUCAGAGAUAAAAAAGCUAUAAUACUUUACCUACGAGAAAGGCAUAUAUUAAAAUAAGUUAUGCGUGUUGACGUAGUAUUUGUCUGUUUGGACGACUGGAUGAAAGCAUUAUCCAAACAGGUGCAGUAUAUCAGCUUUAAUCGAAACGUCCCUUAUUUCCUGAGAAAUUGGUAAUGUUGUGCGUUUGACAUAUACUUUAAAUAUCAAGCGGUCCCAAAUUAAGAACUUGUGUUAAAAUUGCUGCAUCAGCACGAUAUUCAAUUCCUUGUUAAACUUUGGGUUUUUUCAUGUUUAGUUCGUAGGCCAGCUCCUGUAUACGACAUUGUAGUUACGCCAUCCCAAUAUACAGCACGCUUGACGUGGACAAUAAAUGCGAGAAAGGACUCCAGUUAUGUAACAAAGCUUAUUAUAUUUCUCAACGGGACAAAAUAUCAAAAUAUAUCUCGAGGAACUCAGAUCGAUAUUAAAGGACUUGCACCGUAUACUUGGUAUAGAGUGGAAAUUGAGACUCAAGAUGGUUCUUUACAGAGAAGCAGCAAAGCGUCUAAAAUUUUUAAGACUAUGAAUGCAGGUAAACAUAGUGUAUCAGAAAGGUUUGCUAAAACAUGCACCUACAGUAAUUCCUCUAUUAAAGCAUUUCGUUACUUUCUAACAUUUGUUUAAUUUUACGUGAUUUAUUCUUGAUUCAUUUUAAUCUUGGGAUAGUACACGUGUCUUGGAUCUCUCGUUUGUGGCUUACUUAUACGCAUUAUUUAUUUAAUGGAGUUCUUAUAUCAUCAACGGGGUAGACCACUCUGUGAAAUAUUGUAUAUUUGCACUCCACUCAGUUCAAUUACCAUUGUAUACAGGAUUUGUUCUACUGGCCGAAAGUGUUACAUUUAAGUGCAGAGUUACAUAUAUGUUGACAUACCGUGCAUGACUAUAUAGUAAUACAGGUCAAGCAUGUUAAUUACUGUUGAACAGAUGUUGUAUGUUGCUUGAAAACUUUGUUAUUGACUGAAACAUGCUGAUCCAAUAUCGUACGACAUUAUUGGAUGCAACAUUGUUGUGUCUGUUUGGACAAUAUGUUUGAUCGAUAAUGCUGGCCAAUAUGUUAGAAGAAGUUGGAUCAUGUUCAUUUUGUUGUAAUGGUUUGAAUAAACGGCAAUGUUCGAACAGUGGAUGCAAUUCGACUGGGAUUUUCUUUCACUUACAUAUAAAAUCAGAUUAGCGAGAACAAUAAUUGUUGUCGGAAUCCCACAAUAUUCAGCAACACGACGUAAACGCCUAUAGCGUUCUAAUGGGAACUAGAAUUUGCUUAUUUUUGAACUGGAAAAAUGAAAUUUGGGCUACUGGGGCUGGGAAUGCCAGGCACAAAAAUGAGAAAACCCAUAUGUCGUUAUAAAGGGAAUUAUAGUUGGACAUUUCAGACUUUAGAUAAAUUCAAGGAAAACGAUGGACGAAUAAAUCGGCAUUGAGCGUUUGUUUAAAAAUGUCCCGAAAGGAUGCAUGCUAUCCUGAUCGUUCUACAUCUCUGACCGUUGAAGUAGAAUUUUGUCUAAAAACAGCUAGGAAAUGGGAUAUAGAGGAAAAGUUACAUUGGGUGGUAAAUGGCAUCUAGACCCCUCAUUCAGAAUUUUAAUGUAUGUUAGGGAGUGGUCAUUAUUGAUGGGGUGGUAGGCAAUUUUGUUCCCCGAGCAUUCCCGUUUGCAGGUUAAGGGUGGGCAUAGCUCUGGAGAAUUCGAAUUGAUUCACGUUGAAUUUCCAACGUGAGUUCUACGCAUGCUCAGCAAUUAUUGCAAAAUAUAAACAAAGUAUUUAGAAUUUCUCGUCGAAAAUUUGAUACUUUUUACACUAAAAUCGAAUUGAAAAUAGCUAAAAAUUCUGGGGGAAAUAUGUACGAAAGCCUCGGAUUGAUAGGGAUAUAUACAACUACCUGAAAAAUACAAGGAGAACUUCGACGUUUCGAGAGAAUUAGGCGCUUCGACUUGUCACUUGUGCUGUUGGUGUUUGUAUUAGUGUUUGUAUACAUCGUACUUGACCUUUACUGAUAAAUAUAAUCUCCGCAAGAAUGAGUAUUAUAUAUUUUUAUGCUUUAAAAUUUACAUUUAACUCUCCUGUCAGAAUUUAUGGAUACGUAGUAUAUAAAGUAUAAAAGGUCAAGUACGAUGUAUACAAACACUAUAAACAGCAGAAGUCCAAGCGCCUUCGCUCGAAACGUCGAAGUUCUCCUUGUACUUUUCAGGUAGUUGUAUCCCUAUCAAUCCGAAGCUUUCGUACAUAUUUUCUUCAGAAUUUCUAGUUGGUUUCAAUCGAUUUCAGUGUAAAAAGUAUCAAAUUUUCGACGAGAAAUUCCAAAUACUUUGUUCAUAUUUUGCAACAAUUGCCAAGCAUGCGUAGAAAUCACGUUAGAAAUCCAACGUACUAUCUGCCGUUAGCCAAUCACAGGCCUGAAUCAAUUCGAUUUCUCCAGAGCUAUGUCCACCCUUAACCGGCGAACGGGCAUGCUCGGGGAACGAGAUUGGGUGGUAGGAGGUUGAUGAUUUCGAGGAGUGUUAAAAUGUUGAGUCUUGACUUGAAGAAGAGCGGCCAAAAAAUAGUCUGAAAGCAGUUUGAUAAAUAACUAAAUACAAAACAAAAUAAAUAAUAAACAAACAAAUAAACCAAAAAACUGAUACAUAAACAAACUUAACAAAUAGAAAUAAUUACUCCACUAUAGAUAUUAAAAUGAACAUAUUGUGUUAUCACAUGCCAAGCUGUAAAAUAAACAACUGUUGUGUCAGCCCUUACAUUAUUUUUCACAUUUCUCGGUUUCCUUUGUUCUUAUAGGGGGAAUAUAUUAAUAUUCCCGUCUAAUCAAUUUCCCUCUAAUAUUCACCUGUAAUGUCUUUGCACCACAAAAAAUGAGAUUAAACAACAUCACGAAGGUAAUAUGGCAUUAAAAAUUAUUUCUAUUCAGACUCAUUAACGCGACCUCGCAAUGUGAAAAGUAAGUACGUUAUUUUGAGGCACCUAGGGGAUAUGUGUUUAUUCAUACAUCACAUAUCGCUUCGUUGCCUCAAAAUAACCUAUACUUAAAUUUAUAAAAAUAUAGUCCGCCAAAAUAAUAACGUUGGUCUUAUUUCCUAAGUGCAAGGUCAAUAGAAGACUUUUUGUUUCAAGUUAAAAUUGCAAUGUUAGAACUCAAUGCUUAUUUUGUUUUUAAUUUAUGUUUAUAUUUGUUAAAACGAUUUACAUGUGGAAAGGUUGAAAUUUUUUAUGAACGUGUGAAGGAGGGAUUGUGAAUUUCAAAAAUUGCUCAAGAGAGGGGUUAUGGAAAAUUUUAGCUUGUGCCAAAAAAAUUAUCAAACUUUAAUUCUACCACCCCAUAACUAAUGACCACUCCCUUAGUAUAACAAUAAUAAGUGUAAACCCGGAGGCCGUCAAAUUAAAGGCGAAAGCUAAACAAACUCAUUGCAUGCAAUGCUCAUGUUUUAUAAUGUUUUGUCUUUGAAAAUCUUGCCUUGUUAACGACCGUAGUUUCAAAAAGAUUAAAUAUGCUUUUUAAUUAAUUCAAUCUUUCUGUUUAAGCACCCAACAUCAGAUUUUUGCCAUUACCAUACGAAGGUUACAUCCAAAUAAAAGAUGGUUCAACUUGGAAAUAUGUUAAAGAAGAAAAUUGGGAUAAAACUCGUCAGAAAAUGCUGUGUCACCACUUAGGAUUUUCAGAAACGAACGCGAAUGUUAUUUUUAUUGGUCGGUUUAGACAACGACAUAACAUUGCAACUGGGAACUUGAUAUGUUAUAACACACAGCCAAAUGGAACAUUCUGUUAUAUCCAUCCUGUUCCUUCUACAAUAACUUCAAAUGUCGACAUGCCAUAUGCCAAAUGUGAGUAUUGCCUGCAGGGACGUCGUGAAGACAUCAACAUUGGGGGUGUCGUCAUGUUUAGACCAACUUUUUCUAGAAUUAUGACCAAGUAGUAGAAAUGUUUCCCGACGACGGGGGGGGGGAGGGGUUGUCAAAAAAUUUUCCGGACUAACAUAAGCAAAGCUUCAAAUAUUAGUUUAAAUCAAAAUAAGCAAAGUUCGCAAUUACUUCCUCGCAAACAUGACCAAAGCUUAGAAAUUGUUAAAAUUCUGCGAACGAUUCAUAACUUUGACCAUCUUUUAUCUCAAACUUUGACCAAAUUUUACCAACUUUGACCUUCAAUUUUAAGCAAAUAUUAGUUCUAUUUUGACCAACUUUGACCGUUUUGAAUUAUUUUUUGGGGGGGGUGUUACACCCCUCCACAUCCCCCUGUAGAGACGUCCCUGAUUACUUGGGAUAAACGGGCGUAAAACCAGUUCAAGUUACUUGUGGUCGAGGUCUUACUUACACGUUCUGUAGUGUACUGAGAUCCCUAAUAGUACACCAACAGCUAAUUCGGAAGUUUACUAUACAUGUUUCAUAUAAAUCGAUUAUCCUUCUCUGUUUAAAUUAAAGAAAACUCUGAGUAUAUGUACUGUUGCAAAGCUACAGAUCUGAAAGCCUUGACCUUCAGCAGUGUUAAUAAUUAUUAUAAAUUAUAUUUAUCGAAAUGCGAACAUAUUGUUGAAAGACUGCACCACAAUGUACCUACAUUACCUGAACAUAUAGGAAGAUGUAUUUUCUUGCACGAUUCGAGCUGGGGAUUUCUCCCUGGCCAUAAUGCAGCCGAUUGCAGUGCAUUCGUUAAUAUACUUCCCUUUUUGUAACUGCAGGCAAGAUAUGUGACAAACCAUUACUCCAUGAACGGCAGAGAAAGUAUUUUCUGGAAGUAUUUUUUGCGGCAGACAAAGUAUUUUCUGGCAGUGGUGGUUCCGAAUCUUAUCAGAAUGCGAGAUUUACUAAAGAUGGCUGGUGUGCUUCCAUGUCUGGCGCGUACCUUUUACUCGACCUUCAAAAAGAGUAUCACAUAACACAGAUUGUGGUAAUGGGUAAUAAAGAUCAGACAAAGUGGAGUGAGUCAUAUUCCUUAAAAUACAGUCAUGACAAAACUUAUAAAAAUAGCAAAAAGGUAUUUAUUAUUGUAAUAAAAUACUCUCGUAGAAAAACUGUAUACAAUAGGUAUAAAAUAAGAAAUUAACAUAAUUCUUAAAGAUUUACCGUAAUUCUCUAUUAAUUAAGUCCCAAGAGAUUUCUCUUUCAGAUUCUUAUACUAGACAAGGGGGGACGCGGUUUAACCGCGGGUCGACGCGGUUUAAUCUAGGUUCGACCUCGGGCCGAUCUCGGUUCGACCUCGGGUCAACCACGGUUCGCCCGCGGUUGAACCUCGGUUCGUUCGAGGUUCAACCGCGGUUGUGUGGCCGAAGUGAUGCUUGAUCGAAAUUCACGACGGAACCCGAAGGCAGCACGACUUUGCCGAGUGCUAUACUGUAUUUUAAAAAUCAGAAUCAACAAGAUUUUUGCGAUUUUAAAUGUAUUCACAAGGUUGGAAUGCAAUACGGUGGGAAAGCUUUGUAUUCUCGAAGACGUGUUGUGUCUAUCUUAUUACUCAAUCCUCAAUAUCGAGCUAUAUCAUGCAUGCAUUUAUAAUCCCCGAGCCGACGGCGCGAAGCGCCGUGGGAGGGUAUUAAUUCUCCCCGGCUAUUUACACCCGGGGAAACGAAAGCAUUAGCGAAUUCAAAAGUUCAUCAAUAAUUGCGGGCGUGGAUGACCAACAAUGUUGGUGUGUUGGGUGGGUGGUCAUCCUCACUGAUCUCAAAAAUAUGGCAGACUAUCAUGAGUAGCGGACACUAUUUGAUCCAAUUUAAUGUUUGCAUUAUAACGAGUGCAUGACGGCAGCGAAAUAGCAAACAUUUCUUGAUUUGAUGAUUGAUAAAUUUCUUGCAAAUAUAUUUCAUUUUUACUCGCAUAUUUGCAAGAUUUUGUAAAUUUUAGAAGCUUUCUCAGAAAGAAAGAAAGGGCGAAAGAAUCGGCUAAAAGAAGCGAGCAAACUUUAACGAAGGUAAGUUUGUUUUAAAUAUCGAUUUUAUAAUUGUUUUAAAACCCGACGGCCUUUGCGUAUAUGAAACAACUAAACAAGACAGCAUUUAAUUUCAGUGUACCUUUAAUAUUGAUUCCCGUUUUUAUUAUAUUGAAUUUUUUAAAUAAAAAAGAAAGCAAAGUUAUUUGCAUGCGAGAAUUUGAAAUCAUUUUAUUGGAAACUCAAAAUUUAUCGAUAAAGCCAUUUAAUUGUUAAAGGCGGUUUAGUUUUAGGCUAUAAAGAACACUUUAAAAGGGGGGGGGCUGAAUAGGUUUUCGGAUCGUCGGAUUUCACAGAAAAAAUUGGUCGGAUUUCGGAUCUGGCGAAUAUUUUUCACGGAUUUUCGGAUCUUAUUACAGCGGAUUGCGGAUUUAUCUAAUAUUUUGGCUCGGAUUGUGGAUUUAGCGUGAAAUUUAGUUCGGAUCCCGAAUUGUGACUUCAUAGUAGAGGUUCUAGCGGAUUCAAAUUUAGAAAAAAAUGGCUUAUGGAGAUAAAUUUGAAGAAAACACAAAUAAUAAUAUUUGAAAAAGAAAGACAAGAAAAGCAAGAACAAUUUUUAAUCUUGGAAAUCGGAACAUAAAAAUCGUACAGGAUACUGUUAGCUAGGAGUCAAACUAAAUCACAAUGGUAAUUUUACUCUAGUUCUAAAACAACUUGCGAAAAAGCCUCGCAUGCUUUAUACGGUGUAAGAAGACAGUUCAAUUUCAGUCAUCUCAAUCUCAAAUAUGCCAGUAAAAUAUUUUAUUCAAUUAUAACUCCCAUCCUACUAUAGAACUCGGAAGUAUGGGGACAUAUACGUGAAAAAUGAUUUCAACAAUUGGGAUAAAUCACCAAUUGAAAAAGUUCAUUUUAAUUUCUGUAAAGUUUACCUCGCUCUCAGUAGGAAAGCAAGUAACAUUGCCUCCAGAGCUGAGCUUGGAAAACUCCCUCUCAUCAUUAGCGUAUUCAAACGGUCUUCAAAUAGAUCACUCACUUAAACUCACUUCCCCAAACAACCAUUGCGAAGCAAGCUUUUCUAAUCUCGAAAGAUCUGCACUCCAAGCAGAAAAUGUUUUUUUACGGAAUGCAAUCGAUACCAUCAAAAAUUUAAAUCCAACUGAAGAAAUCCUUAAUUUAGAAGCGGUAACGACUGAACAUAUUAAAACUAUUACCAAAAACCUUGAGGAAAAAUACUUAAGAUUUUGGAAACUUAAACUUGAAAAUUCAUCCAAACUUACUUUCUACUCAACAUUCAAAACGGACCGAAAACUGCUUAGUAUUUAUAGAAGAUCCAUACGAAAGAAAAUGUCUUUCAAGACUUAGAGUCAGCAACCAUAACCUCCAAAUUGAGAUCGGGCGUUAUCAAAAUAUACCGCUUGAAGAACGCUUAUGUAAAGUCUGCAACUGAGAGGUGGAAAAUGAAACCCUUCUCCUCCUCUGUUGCAAAGCCUGUGAGCAAUCUCGUGCAAACCUUCGAAGUUCAUUAGAGGAUGCUUCAUCUGACGAGAGUAAUAUAAACUCCCAAACUGUAUCAGCGGACCUAAUAAAGUCAACUGAUAGUGAAAUCAUAACCAAACUUUCAAAAUUUGUUUAUUCAUGUUUCAAAUAAAGACUUAAAUACCUUGAAAACAGGAAUGCGGAUUAGCAAAGGUUGUAAUAAUCACCUUAUUUGUAAAUAGCAUACUUGUUCUUCUCUUAAUUCUUCUUAAUAUUGUAUUAGUCUAUUAUAAAUAAUUCCACAAAUAAUAAUCUGUAAUAGUCCUAGUUUAUCAUAGUUUCUUCUAUAUGUUGUUUGUAAUGCUUUAGCAACACUGUAAAUUUAUGGUCAUGCUGAUAAAGCUAUUAAUUACCUGUCCUUAGUAGUCUAUCAUAACUGCAACCUCUUCUAUUAGUGCAUUGCCACCGAUGCUGUCUUUUAAUAUACUUCAUCCCUUGAAUGCACGUACGUGCUUUUAUCUAUUUCGAAGUACUCCAACAUAUAUUUUAUUACACUAAUUUAUUAUAACACCAAUUUUUAAGUCAAUUAAUAGAUGUGAUGAGCAUAAAUGUGUUUCUUUCGUGUGAAAGAGGCGGUUAGGGGAGGGGAGAAAAUUUUUGAAACAAGGGGGGGGGGGUUAAUAAAUCACCGGAACCAAAAUGUUUUAUUUUAAGAAAAGGAAUUUAUGUAAACCAUGUUAUUUGGCCGGACAUUUAGGUCAUGUAAUUUAAUUAUCUAUGAAGGGAUCUUGGGUUAAGCAUUUGGGAUUUGAAGCAUACAAUAUACAGUUAAAUCAAUUCAAUUUAUUAAGGUCGUUCUCUAAAGAUCAAAACAAACACGUGCACCCGCAAAACGUCGACCUCGAAACGCGAAAAGCAAAGUGGGCAUGUAUAUAUUAUUACGAGAUUAGUUGUGCAUUCAUGAUUGCAGGAAAGUUGCUAUGUUUUGCUAAUAAAGUAUACGCCUAGUAUUUAUAAUUAAUUCCAAGACGAACAAACCAUUUCCCACAAACAAUUUUCUUUAAAAUUCAAAACUUGAAAACCAGAUGAAUUUGACUUUUGCUAUUGAAUUUGAUUAGCCAAGCAAGUAAAAUUCGAAAAAGGUGAAUAUCACAGGAAUUCAUGAAUUAAAAAUCCUUUUUUUACACAAACCUAACUACGGAGUUCCGGAGUAUGAAUUACAAAUAAUAAUUGGGAAUACUCGUGCUUUUCGUGCUUAUAGGCCAACGUUUUUUCCCGGUUUUAAGUUCUGACUUUGAAAGAAUAACCUCAAUUCAAUAAGCUGCAUAAGACUUAUAAAUUCACUUAACACAGACACAAAUGCAGGUCCAUGCAAAAUUAUGACAUCGAUUUCUUGGGUUUUUUUUCAGAUAAAAGGAAACCAGAACGGUUACCAAGCAUCUGUAACACAACUUGAUAUUUAUAAUGUUAGAUACAUGAAAAUACAAUCAACUGGAAAUCCAAAGUUUUGUCUUAGAAUAGAGCUCUGCGGAGAAGGUAAGGUCUUGCACGAUGCCGGGAAUCACUUUUUACGACAUCAGUUUAUGCGCACAAAAUUUUCCUACUUGAACGUUUUCGUCUCAUUUUGUCGUAUAAUCACAGUUUCAAGUGUUAAAAUGCAUAUAACAUAAUUAUUUUUAUAACCAAUAUUUAUGCAUCACUUGAAAGUCCUGAAAAUAAUGAAGAAUAGCCUCAACAAUUUAUUCACAGCUCAUUACAUUCCCAAGUUUUUGUGUUACAUAUGACGUCACUAGUUUUGUAUAAGAUGCCAGCAGAAAGAGAAAUUCUAAUAUCUCAGAAACGAUUCCACGAAAUAAAUUAAAUAAAAUUUAGCACAGUUAGUGAAAAUCAACAAAUCGUUGACGAGGCUAACGUCUUUAAAUAAAGUUUACAUACAUACACACAUACAUACUAGUUGCUAGGAUUCCAGAUCCUGUUUUUAUCCUAAUUUUUCAAAUACUUUGCUCCCAACAAAAAAGAAAGAAUUUUAACAUAAUCUCAUUUAAUUUGGUUGAAUCGCUUCCGAGAUAUUUGACAUCCUUCUCUUUGCUGCCAUCAUAAGCACAAUCAGUGAUGUCAUAACACAAAACAACAUACUGUAAUGCACAAUAACUUUGGAAUAAGAUGAGCAGUGAAUACUUUUUAAGGCCAUUCUUAAUCACUUUCGAGGUACUUUCAAGUGAUGAAUAAAAAUUGAGGUAAAAAAAUUCAUGUUAUGUGCACUUUGAGAGACAUGGCUAGAAAUCCAACACAGUAUGGCGGAAAAGCAUCCCUGCAGAGGGCAAAAUAAAUAAAUUCAAAAUGGGGACACUGAAUAGGAUUGAUGGAGAAAAUGUAAUGUGUUUUUUUUUCAUGCCCUUACAAAUUCUCACAUGUGCACGUCUAAUACGUCAGUGUAUAACACACAUAUUAACUAGAACAAAUUUUGCAACAAAUUGAUAAGGUUAAACAUAUACACGGAAUACGACAUGAAAAUCGACAUAAACACUGAACACGACAUGAAAUUCGAAGCAAUACCAUGGUUUCUUGUCGCCAUUUUAGAACUGUUGUUAUGGUUUUCUUGGUGUUUACCGCUGCAAUGUUUUUUUAAUCGUGGAUGCAUAAAUUAAAGCGCAAAUACGCGGUAAAAUUUGAAAUUUGGCUUGGUAAAUAUGCAUUAACUAUGGGAAUUAACUUUUGCAAUUUACAAAUUAUUGAUAAAGAGGCAAUUUAUAAAUAAAUAUAGGGACACCGGAACUGGGGAGCAGGAGGGGCGGCCGCCCCCGUUGCCCUUUACCAGGAGGCGCAAGGGGGGUAAAGGUGCCCUUUCAAUUUAAAGGAUUGGCUUGGCGAAAUAGCGAAUUGUCAGAUAUGUUAGUGCGAUUCUUUUGUGAAUUUGCUUCAGAAAACGCAAGAAAUUCAGAAAUCGAGCUUCAAGAAUAGCACAAUCGCUUGGUGGAGAACCACCACACACCCCUAACAUCCAAUAAAUAGAAAACAUGAUUAGGCGAAGUUCAACUCCCGAUGUUUUGCAAACAUCUCUUAGUAUAUAUCAAUUCAAAAGUGCCAUUUCACGAAAAUCUCCCCCCCCCCCCUACGUUGAGUUGUAGUAUUAAAAAUGUCUGAUAUUUCGCCAUUAUAGAUUGCUGUUUGCCAUGGAAAUUGGAAAUUGCAAGCCCUUCGUUAGCACAUGCUACUAAAGCUCAACGUACACAGCAUAUAAUUUUGGCUUUAGAUAUUCAUAAUAUUUGCUGCGUUUAGUCCUGCAUGUUCACGCUAUCAUAAUCUGCUGUGCUUAACUCGUUCAAUUCCUUUUACAAACGAACCGCCAUGUUUAAUACCGGGUAAAUAAUUUAUGCAAAUCUGCAUUUUAUGUAAUUCUGAGCCUGCAGGUAAAACCGCAUACUGUAUCGAUUUUCUAGCCAUGUUUCAGAAACUGUUAAAUUUUUAUACAUUUAUUAGACCUAAGCAUGAGCAGUUUCGAAAAAUGAAACAAUUGGCUCUCUGGCAGGAAAAGAAUUUCUCUCCCAAAUCCCGAUAUUUACGCAUUACCCAAAAUUUUUAUCGAAGAGAAAUAUAACAAGACGCCUGCUCAGGCGUUCACACUGACCUGAAAAUGACGACAUACGUGCUAUGGUGCAAUAGACAAGGAUGGUCAAAUCGUGAACGGCAAACGCAAAGCGUGAAGGGCUAAAAGCAUGUAUGGCGUGAUCCUCAGGAGAUGUAUUCGUAAUGCCCAAUGAAACACAAGUAUUACUCAGAAAUACAAACGUUAUCCAUAAAUUCAAAUGGUCUCUGAACAUGAGAUGCGCUAACGCAAACAACAAUGGUUACAUUCCGUGAGUCAGUAUAUUAAACGUAUAAAAUUCGAAAACUCAGCCAUCCAGAUAUUGCAUUUCCAGGGACGUGGCACGAAAAAAGCCCAACCUGCCAACUUGAAAGGAAAAGCAGAGUAGAAUAAAACCAAAAUCCACAGAAAAACGCGCUAAAAUUCGUUGACAAAUGAAUAAAUUGUUUGAGACUGAAAUAGCACUCAUUGAAUGGUCGCUAUUGAUCUGUAUAAUAACCUGGAACGACUGGAACACUGGAAACCGAGCCUGCGAUGCGCUAACGCAAACACGAUUUCUCGACGACAAAAACCCCCCAGGAAAAAUAGAUAUUUUGGGAUUUAAGACACUUGACCUUUCAGGUCAGUGUAAUUAUAAACUAGAAAUACAUGCAUGCUGCAACCCUUCGCUUAUAGUUUCCAAACAUUGAUUUAAAAUAAAGUAUUAACGAAACCCUUGUUUGGAUCAGGCCAUCCAGACACGGAAAUUUAAAUUAAAGUGAAAGUUUUUUAAAGGGAAAUUUUAACACGGAAAGUUGUUAUUUUAUGAUACAAUUACUUUAUGGUUUCCGAGUUGGAUGGCGUGAUCCAAACUCGAGUUAAAUAAAGCGCACAAAAUCACUCGCCUUAGGCUCGUGACUCGCGCGCUUUUCUUAACUCUCGCAACAUUCCCGCGUGUUUGGAUCAGGCCAUCCAAACACGGAAACCAUAAAGUAAUUGUAUAGGAAUAGGCCAAGACUUUAGUCUUGCAGCAUCGCGUUGCUCGUCGACUAAGUUGUUGGCAUAGCAACACGACUAUUUUAAUUUUUUUAAAAACUUAUUUUUUGUAUAAGGGACCGGUCAUUAUUUAUGGUGGGGGGUGGCACCGAAGAGAAAUGUUUUUCGUGGCAAAAACUUUGCUGACCCAACCAUUAAAAAGACAAACAUUUGAUUACCCAACCUCAAAUAUCAAUUAAAAAAUAAAUACCCACCCCUGGCCAAAAACUUUACAAAAGGAUACCAUUACACGAUACCAGCACAUGUAGUUUCUUUGGAGACACCAUUUCUCUCCGGACAAAUCGGAAAAUGAUAAGAUAGUGACUGUGAUUGAUUCACAUUUUGGAUUUACAUGACUGUUGACAUUGCUUUUUAUAUAGUCUUCAAUAUUUGAGUCAUGCUUUGGAAAUGACAAUAAUUUUUUUUAUUACCCAACACUUGAGUUGUUUUGUUUUUCAUUUACUCAACCUUUUACUUACUCAAAUUUUGUUUACCCAACCCUUUUCUCUUCGGUGCCACCCUCCGCCAUAAAUAAUGGCCGGUCCCUAAAAUGGAAAAGAUAGUUAAAGUUGGUACUUUUAAGGUUACAGAACACCUUUGAGUGUUAAUUUUGCCUAAAAUUUUUUUAUUUGUUUCCAUGAAAGCAUUAGACUAGUUCUACUAUCUGACCAAGUUUGGACGAAAAAUGUUGAAAACGCUCAGAGUUAUUUAAUAAAAUACAUUUCGCUUGCUAUAAGAAAACAUUGAAAAUGUAAUAUUCAAAUUCAAUUUUCUCCCGAAGAAUUUAACGGCAAUUACUGAUUUUUAAACGAGUUGUGCUCCUGCGGGUUUUAACGAAUUUUUCUCAAAGUUUCACAGGAUAUAGCUAAAGGCUUCAGUUUCAAAAUGGUGUUCGGCUUUGUUCUAAUUUUGGAUAUUUUAAUAAUAAGGAGCAAUUCACACAAACGAUUCAGAAAUAUAUUGCAGUUGUCAAAGAAAUCGCUAUAUCAGCGGAAUGACGAAAUAAACAAACAUUUCCGAACACAAUAUUUUACUGUAUAAAAAUGAUAUUUUCUUAAAUAUAUCUUAAAACCAGCAGGAACAUAACUCAAAAGCGUAAAGGUACCGCGACUUAAGGUUUUCCUGAAUAAUUCUUACAUUAUUUUAUUGUUUGUCAAUUUUACAACUUUAACAUAUUUUGGCUAACAUUUGGUGAAAAUUUGAUGAAAAUUGGACUGAUUUUGAGCGCGCAGUAGCGAUUUUCCACAAAACGCCAAAAAGGGGUUCCUGUAACCUUAACUAUACAAAAAUAAAUUUCCAAAAUAUAUACUCAAGGUAUGUUAUUUUGCAUUUUAUGAGCUUUGAUUUAAUGUAAAAUUUUUGCAGAACAAAUGAGUGCGCACUAAUUAGGUUUAUUCGCAGUUUCAAAUAGAAGAGCUAUAGUACUCAAUCAUUGAUCCAACAUAAUCCAUUUUGAGCCAACAAUUAAAAAAAAUAUGCCUAAACCAAAAUCCAUUAUGAAACAACAAAAUGUGUUAGUUAAGGAUGUAGGUGUUUUCUGUGGCCGAGUUAAUGGUAACUAUGAUAACAUCAUUUCAAAUGUUUCUGCAAAUUAAGAAACUUAUUUUCAAUCUCCGACUUAUAUAAUGUAAAUUUGUUCUGAAACAUUCCAUAAAAUUUCUCUAGACGUUAACGUUUUGAAGUGUUUUUCGAUUGUCUAAUUGAACAAUAUUUUUCUUCAUAUCUUUUUAAAAAUCUUGCCAUAAGAAUCCGCCUUAAUAUUGAAAUUAGUGAAAGGUCCCCCCACGAAACACAGUGAUGCGCCCUUGAUCGUCGAUGGACUUUCCUACUUCGCUAGGUUUCCUUCCCCCGUGCGAAAAUAGCAGACGAAAUUAGUAUCACCGCUAAGCGCUUUGCACGGGAACACAAUUUUACAUCAGAGAUGUAUAUGAGUUUAAAAAUAUUCAAGGCUGUCUGAAACAUUUUUGUUCCCGGUUUUGUAAUCAUGGUAAUUUAAUUGCUUCCCACCUGCUAAUCGUGGUCUUGUUUUUAUUGUAGCCCAGAAACCAGCUCCUGUAGAUAGAAUUCAAGUAACAUCUUCAACUACCUGGGCACUAGUGACAUCGGCCAUAAGUAUAGCACCAGAGAAUUCCAGCUUUAUAACACAUUACUAUAUUUAUCGCGACGGAAAAUAUCUAAAGGCAAUAGAUAGACAGAACUAUGGAAUUAAGUUCAACCUUACUGGACUCAAGCCGUCUACUGGAUAUAAAGUUGGAAUUGUGACCGCAGAUAGCUCUUCACAGACAAGCAACAUAAAAUAUGAAGAUUUUACGACCACACAUUAA